CUUUGGAAAGGUCUUCAAUCAAUCAAAUCCAACACCUCCCAUUUGGUGUCCAUUGUCGUCGAAUUCGAUCCUCAAACCCUAGACUUCACAGGCGUGCACCGUUCCAUAAACACAGACCUCAUGCCCCUGCAAUAACCUCUGAUCGGGCCGAGUGGAUUCUUUUCCUGCCGGUCUCAGUCUGUCCCCCCCGACAAUCGACAACCACCCACAAUGGCGACAGGAAUGCCUGUAGGUCGCCGUCGGGCAGGGUCUCUCCAAAUAGAAGCACAGCCCUUCCGAAUCCACGAAGAUGCGCCCUCCACCGAGGACACCGAGAUGAACGAGAGCGCGUCCCAGGACCACGAGGAAGCAGAACAAGAAGGCGAGCUCUUGGAAGAAGACGGCCAGGAGUCCGAGUACUCGGAGAGCUCAGAAGAGGAGGCGCCAGCUGAUGGCCACUUCCAGCACGACAUGGAAAAACUACAGGACUCCUUUGCGGGCUUUCGAGAAAAGUACCGGCUGAUCAAGCGAAUUGGUGAAGGUACCUUUUCCACCGUGUACAAAGCCGAGGAUUUGGUGUACGACGACCACGACAACUCGUGGGAUCUGGACAAGGAACUAGACAAGUGGACGCCGCCGCCACUGAAGAGCUUCACGAGCCAGGCCAGCGAAACCCCUGAUUACCCGUCGCAAUCACAACGCCGUCGCAAGCCGAAAUACGUUGCCAUCAAGAAGAUCUACGUCACGUCCUCCCCGAUCCGCAUCCUCAAUGAGCUCGAACUACUGCACGACCUUCGGGGCUGCCAAUCGGUGUGUCCCCUGAUCACCGCCUUCCGUUCGACAGACCAGGUUGUCGCCAUCCUCCCCUAUUUCCGGCACGCAGACUUCCGCGACUACUUCCGCGAAAUGACAGUGCCAGACAUGGCCAUCUACCUGCGGUCCCUCUUUACCGCGUUGCAUAGCGUGCACACGCACAAUAUCCUCCACCGUGACAUCAAACCGACAAACUUCCUCUACGACCCUGAUUCGCGCCGAGGUGUUCUCGUCGACUUUGGUCUGGCCGAGCGCGAAAGCGUUGAUAGCAAGCCCUGCCUCUGCCACGACGGUUCCGCUGCGCGAAAGGCGAGGCUGCAGCCGUUAUACAAUGGGGAACCAAAAUCAGGAUAUGCUCGGGAGGACACACGCCCUUCAAGACGGGCUAACCGUGCCGGGACACGCGGAUUCCGGGCGCCCGAGGUCCUCUUCAAAUGCACCGAACAGACCACCAAGAUAGACAUUUGGAGUGCCGGCGUGAUCCUUCUAACCAUCCUAUCUCGGCGGUUUCCCUUCUUCAACUCGGCCGACGACGUCGAAGCGAUGAUCGAAAUUGCCACCAUUUUUGGGUGGCGGCGCAUGCAAGUCGCUGCGUUAUUACACGGGUGUAUGAUGGAAACGACGAUCCCCACGAUAGGUAAGUCCGGGUACAGCUUGGAAAGCAUUAUCCUCUGGAGCACCAACCGGAGCGACAAGGAGAAGAUCAGCGAAGAAGAGAGGCUGGCGAUCAAAUUCCUCUCACGAUGCAUGGAGUUAGACCCAACUAGGCGGAUCAGUGCCGCGGAUGCGUUGCAACAUGAGUUCCUCCGCAUGGGGCUUGACGAGUCCGCCGAGGAAGGGAGCGAGCUUGAGGAUGACGAGGAGAUGAACAUGUUGAAGGUUUAAACGGAGCAUUGGUUGGAGUUUGGUGUCAAUGACCGCAUCAUGGUAUUGGGCUCUACAGGCGUCUAGGCUCUAUACGGUGGUUAAUACCCUCAUUAAUGGCUAUCACAUCUGGAGUGCUUGCUCGUCGGGGCUCACGUGACUAUUUCCUGUGUUUAUCCAAUCUUGCG